AUGCUGCUAAUCCCUAAAUCAUCGGACUUUAAGUUACUGUUCAUCUCAACGAUCGCAGAGUCUAUAUCCAAUGAUUACACUCACUUCAUCUCCAUCCUUGGAGCCUGCAAAACAACGGAGCAGUUCAAGCAACUACAUUCCCAGAGCAUUACGGCAGGUCUAGAACCAAACCCAGCAAUCCAAAAGAAACUCCUAGUGUUCUGGUGCAGUCGUUUAGGUGGUCACAUGGGUUAUGCCUGUAAGCUGUUUGUGAAAAUGCCUGAACCAGAUGUGGUUGUGUGGAACAAUAUGAUCAGGGGUUGGUCAAGAGUGGGUUGUGACAGGGAAGGAGUUGGAUUGUAUUUGAACAUGUUGAAGGAAGGUGUGAACCCUGACAGCCACACGUUUCCUUUCUUGCUCAACGGUCUUGAUCGGGAUGUAGCUUUGGCUUGUGGUAAGAACCUGCACUGCCAUGUUGAGAAAUUCGGAUUAGGUUCUUCUAACCUUUAUGUGCAGAAUGCUCUUGUUCAAAUGUACUCUUUAUGUGGACUAAUGGAUAUGGCUCGUGGGGUUUUCGACAGGAGAUGCAAAGAGGAUGUUUUUUCAUGGAACUUGAUGAUCUCUGGGUAUAAUAGGGUGAAACGGUAUGAAGAAAGCAUCGAACUUUUCGUCGAGAUGGAGAGACACUUGGUAAGGGAUAAAGAUCUCUGCAGAAGGGUUCAUGGGUAUGUUAGUGAGUUAACGAAGGAACCAAGUUUGAAGUUGGAGAAUGCUCUGGUCAAUGCAUAUGCUGCGUGUGGCGAAAUGGAUAUAGCUGUACGAAUAUUCAAGAGUAUGAAGACUAAGGAUGUGAUUUCUUGGACAUGUAUUGUGAAAGGGUUUGUCGAGACAGGGAAACUAGAUUUGGCAAGGACAUACUUUGAUCAGAUGCCAGUUAGAGAUAGAAUUUCCUGGACUAUUAUGAUCGAUGGUUACCUACGAGCUGAUUGCUUUAGUGAAUCUCUGGACAUGUUCCGUGAGAUGCAAAAUGCAGGCAUGAUACCCGAUGAAUUCACCAUGGUUAGUGUUCUCACAGCUUGUGCUCAUCUGGGUGCGUUGGAGAUAGGCGAAUGGGUUAAGACAUACAUAGACAAAAAUAAGAUCAAGAACGAUGUUGUUGUAGGGAAUGCUUUGAUCGAUAUGUAUUUCAAAUGUGGGUGUUCCGAAAAAGCACAGAAGGUUUUCCAUGAAAUGUGUCAGAAAGACAAAUUCACGUGGACGGCCAUGGUUGUGGGUCUUGCCAACAAUGGACAAGGUCAAGAUGCCAUUAACGUCUUCUCUCAAAUGCAAGACAUGUCGAUCCAACCAGAUGAGAUUACUUACCUUGUACUGAAGCUUGAAGCAUCAGAUUCCCUGGAUCUAACUAUGAUAUCAAAGUCAAACUCAUUGGCGAAUCAGAAUCUUAACUAG